AUGGCUACAACUAAUCCAAGUGGGUUAACUCAAGAAGAAAUUGAAGCAAGAAUUACUAAACUUCUUGGGGCUGUUGAAGAAUGUGAUACUAUUAAUGAUCUUCGUGCUCUUUUUAAAGAGAAAUCACAUUUUGUUGCAUAUAAUGGAUUUGAACCAUCAGGAAGAAUUCAUAUUGCACAAGCUGUUAUGACAGUUAUAAAUGCUAACAAAAUUCAUGAAUGUGGAGGAUUAUAUAAAAUUUAUAUUGCUGAUUGGUUUGCACAAUUAAAUCAUAAGAUGGGAGGUGAUUUAAGUAAAAUCCAAAUUUUGGGAAAAUAUUUUAUUGAAGUUUUUAAGGCAUGUGGUAUUCAAGAAGGAGCAGCAGAAUUUGUUUGGGCAUCUGAUUUAAUUCAAAAUAGUAAAACUUAUUGGCCACUUGUUCUUGACAUUGCUACUAAAAACACAGUAAAUAGAAUUACUAGAUGUUCCCAAAUUAUGGGAAGAGAUGAAAAAGAUGCAUUAAGUACAUCACAAUUAAUUUAUCCAUGUAUGCAAUGUGCUGAUAUCUUUGAAUUAGGAGCUGAUGUUUGUCAAUUAGGAUUAGACCAAAGAAAAGUUAACAUGUUAGCUAGAGAAUAUGCACCAACAGUCAAUAGAAAAGCACCAAUUGUUUUAUCUCAUCAUAUGUUAAUGGGAUUAAAAGGACCAAAAGCUGGAAAAAUGUCAAAAUCUAUUCCAGAUUCAGCUAUUUUCAUGGAUGAUUCUUAUGAAGAAAUUAAACGUAAGAUUUCAAAAGCAUUCUGUACUGAUGAAGUUGCCAACAACCCAAUUUAUGAAUAUUUGAGAUACGUCAUUGUUCCAUAUCUUCAAAAAGUUACUCUUUGUGGUAAAGAAUACACUUUAGAAGACAUUGUUCCUGGUUAUCGUGAAAAAGAUGAAGAAGGUAAAAUUCUUAUUGCCAAACCAAAGUUUAUGGAAGAAUUUAAAGCCAUGGACAAGAAACAAUUAAAAGAAGAUGUUGCUCGUUUAAUUAAUGACAUUGUUGAACCAGUUAGAAAACACUUUGAAACUGAAGAAGGAAAAAAAUUAUUAGCUACUGUUCAAUCAUUCAACAAUGCUACUACUCGAUAA